AUGUAUCUCUUCUCACGUCCACUAUCAAGACGGUUUUAUUCCAUUGCGCCGCGUUAUGACGUUUGUGUCAUUGGAGGAGGUCAUGCUGGAUGCGAAGCCGCUACGGGUGCUGCUAGGACUGGCGCUAGGACUGUUCUCCUCACGCAAAAUAUCCAAACCAUCGGCGAAAUGUCAUGUAACCCUUCUAUCGGCGGCGUAGGAAAAGGAACAUUAGUCCGCGAAAUCGACGCGCUUGACGGUUUAAUGGGAGUGGUUGCUGACAAGGCUGGAAUUCAGUUUACUAUUCUCAAUCGUUCAAAGGGCGCGGCAGUUUGGGGACCUCGCGCUCAAAUGGACCGAAAACUGUAUAAAAAGCACAUGCAGGAAGCACUGAACCACUACAAAAAUUUAGAUGUCCGUUCAGGCAGCGUCCACGACAUUGUGUUGGACCUAUCCAAGGCCCAUAACCCUAUAUCCGGCGUCAAGCUAGACACCGGCGAGGUUAUCUCUUGUUCGAAAGUGGUUCUUUGCACAGGCACCUUUCUCUCCGGCGAGAUCCACAUUGGACUGAAGCGUUUUCCUGCUGGGCGGUUAGGCUCUCCUCCUUCCCCCGGAGGUUUAUCCAAUACGCUGGCCGCCGCUGGGUUCAAACUUGGUCGCUUGCAAACAGGGACCCCAGCACGCCUCGAUAAACGCACAAUUGAUUUUAGAGCUUUGGAACGACAAGAUGGAGACGCGAAUCCUCUUCCGUUUAGUUUUAUAAAUGAUCACGUGCAAAAUGCGAACAAUCAGAUUGCAUGCUAUCAAACAUUCACCACACCGUUAACCCAUGAACAUGUCAAACGCAGUCUACAUUUGAGUGUGCAUAUUCAAGAAACCAAGAAAGGGCCACGUUAUUGCCCAUCACUUGAAAGCAAAAUCAUUCGAUUCAACAAUGACAGACACACGGUUUGGUUGGAACCCGAAGGUUACGAUUCAGACAUCAUCUACCCGAAUGGUGUCUCUUGUAGCAUGCCUGAAGAGCUUCAAGAACCUAUGCUGCGCACAAUACCUGGACUUGAGCAUGCCAAGAUUGUGCGGCCUGCCUAUGGUGUUGAGUACGACUACAUAGACCCUCGUGAACUGGAUGCUACCUUGGAGACCAAGAAGAUCAAGGGUUUGUUCUUGGCUGGUCAAAUCAAUGGUACAACUGGGUAUGAAGAGGCAGCAGCACAAGGCCUUAUUGCAGGAGUCAAUGCUGGUCUUAGUUCACUUCAUCAGCCAUCUUUGAUUCUGUCUCGAGCAGAUGGAUUUAUUGGGGUUAUGAUUGAUGACUUAAUUCAAAAGGGGGUAGAGGAGCCUUACCGAAUGUUUACAUCACGCUCUGAAUUCCGAAUGACAAUGCGGAGUGACAAUGCAGAUUCCCGUUUGACACAAUUGGGAUAUAAUUCUGGCAUUAUUACUGCAUCUCGUUGGGCUAUGUUUCAAACUACCCAAGCCCAAAUAAAUGAUGCCCUUUCCCUUCUACAAAAUACUAUUUUAAGUCCUCAGGCAUGGAACCAACUUGGGCUAAAUGUCAAGCUUGAUGGUGUUCUGCGAAGUGCAUAUCAUAUAUUGCGAUAUCCUCAAGUCAAUAUAGUUAGCCUUCAAAUGGCUAUUCCAUCCCUUGCUAGAAUUCAGGAUAAAAUUAUAGAGCGACUUCGCAUAGAGAGUCUUUAUACGCCAUUUAUUGCAAGACAAAUAGCAGAUCUAGCUGAAUUCAUGAAGGAGGAAGAUAUCUCUCUAAGUCCUGGUAUUGACUACCAUAGUAUACCAGGCUUAAGUGCAGAGGUUUGUGAACGUCUGGUCCAGGUUAAACCUCGAACUAUUGGAGCAGCAAAACGAAUGGAGGGUAUGACUCCUGUUGGAAUUAUUCAAUUACUUCGGUAUAGACUUAAUUAUUAA